AUGUCAGUAAUUCUCAAAGAUCUUAAUGAUUAUAUUGCCCCCUCACAAGCUUGUAUAAAACCUGUUGAAGUCAAAAAAACCUCGACAGACAACAAUAAUGUGAUUAAAAUCGAUAAUUCCGGUGAAUAUUAUGAAGUUUCACAGGAAGGUAUUGAGACAAAACUACAACCUGCAAGUAUAACUUUGGAGGAUUGUUUGGCUUGCAGCGAAUGCAUUACAUCGGCUGAAAGUGUUUUAAUAACAAUGCAAUCUCAAGAAGAAUUAUACAAUAUUUUGAAAAAUAAUAAACAAGCAAUAGUAGAUGAAAAAUCGGAGAAAAUUAUUGUUGUCUCUAUUGCACCUCAAUCUCGAGCCUCAAUUGCAACGAAAUAUGGUUUAAAUCCAUUAAUGGUAGCAAAACGUCUAGCUUAUUUUUUCAAGUCACUUGGUGUACACUAUGUAUUCGAUACGUCAUUUUCACAAGAUUUUUCACUACUUGAAAGUGCUCGUGAGUUUAUUGAGAGAUACCGAAAAUUUCAAGAAUUUCAAGAAAAUCACGGAACAUCCUCAGAGAAUGGAUUAAUGAAAAACAACAGAGUAAAACAUGAAAAUAUAUCUUCAGAGGAUACAACGCAACAUAAAAGAUCGUGUGAUUUGCCAAUGUUAGCUUCAUCUUGUCCAGGAUGGAUAUGUUAUGCUGAAAAAACUCAUGGUUUUGUAUUACCCUAUAUCAGUAAAACUAAAUCACCCCAACAAAUUAUGGGUUCAAUAGUUAAAGAUUAUUUUGCUAGCAAACUAGGUGUCGAACCAAAUAAUAUAUAUCAUGUUGGAGUUAUGAUGUGCUAUGAUAAGAAGUUGGAGGCAUCUAGACUCGAUUUUUUUAGUGAAGAAUAUCAAACUCGGGAUGUCGACUGCGUUUUAACGACCGGUGAAAUAGUUAAAAUGUUUGAAGAACAAAAUUUUAAUAUUAAUGAGAGUCCUGAAAUACCAUUAGACUCGUUUGUUAAAACGAGCCAAGAAGGGCAACUUUUACGGUCGUCCGGUUCGGCAUCGGGCGGCUUUCUUGAAUUUAUACUUGAAUAUUCCGCACGUGAACUAUUUGGAAUAACAGGAAUUAACGUUGAAAAAGAACAGGGUGUUGUUGUUAAGACUGGUAGGAAUAAGGACUUUAAAGAAAUCUCUCUUGAGGUUGAUGGCAAACCAUUGUUAAAAUUUGCUUCGGCAUAUGGAUUUCGAAAUAUACAAAAUCUUAUUCGAAAAAUUAAAAGUGGAAAUAGCUCUUAUCAUUAUAUCGAAGUUAUGGCCUGUCCAUCUGGUUGUAUAAAUGGUGGUGGUCAGUUGAAACCAAAUGAAUCAUUGUCAAUCAAAGAUUGGAUCAAUGAAGUAAAUAAUACAUAUAGAUCAAUUGAUUCUCUGUCUCCUGAAAAAAAUGAGACUGUGUUAAAUUUAUACAGUGAGUGGCUUGGAGGAAAAGAUAGUCCAAAAUGUAAAACAAUGCUUCGUACACAAUAUCAUGCAGUGGAUCAAACUUUAGCUAAUCCAUUGGCUACUAAAUGGUGA